AUGUCAAGAAACGGUACUAUGGAGUCGAACAUUUCGAACCAGUAUUACCAGCAUCAACAACAGCAGAAUCUUCAGCAGUUGCAGAACCUGGAAAAUAAUGUUCACAAUUAUCAACAGUCAAAGUCCUUCACAAGCUCUGAUAGUCGAAACCGUGCCAUUGCUGAGGUAUUGAACCCAGGUUCAGCUGUCCCCCAAGCUGAAGCCCAGAGUCAAACCCAAUCCCAUCAAGCCCAACAAGCUGCUAACUAUCAGUCUGCUGUAGGCCGUACAGGUUCUGUUGCUUCAGCGGCUAUCAAUUCCAAUCCAAAUCAACAAAAGAUACACCACCAACCUUCACAAUCAAGAAGAAUAAGUACACAAUCAGCAGUAGGAGGAGGUACAGAUCCAAGAACUCCAUUUGCUGUUCAAGUUCCAACAAAAGCUAAUCCAACAGAAGUCCUGGCUUUUAGAUUUUCAGCUUGGAGAAGUAUCAUAACUUCAUUAUUACAAUACUUGACAGAGAUUGUUAGUAUCCAAGAUGAAGUUGUUCGUCAACAAAUUAGACUAUCUCAUGCAGUAAGUUUCCCAGCAUUCCAAGACACUUCAAAGACGAAUCAACCUAUUCAACAUGGUGAAGAUACUAUACACCAGAAUUUUUUCCUUCCAGUAGGCAAUGGCUCAAUUCAUGAUUUACCAAAUGUUUUAAUUAAUUUCCAUUCAAGCUCUGCAAAUCUGGCUUCUAAAGCUUCCAAAGAAUUAAACACAAAUGUUAUUCCAAGAUUAGAUGAUUUAAGAAGAGAGUUACUAGUGAAAAUUAAAGAAAUUAAAGGUCUAAGUUCGGAUUUCAAGAACAAUGUUGCUAAAGAAGUUGGCCAAACUAAAAUGGAUUUACAACAUUUUUUGAAAUCUAUUGAAGAAGCUAAAUAUAGUGCUCACAAUGUCCAACCAAAGAAUGAUCCAUACUUAACAAAAAUUACACUAGAAAAACAAUUAAAACGUCAAUUGGUUGAAGAAAAUUAUUUACAUGAAGCAUUUAUUAAUUUACAAAGUUCAGGUAAAGAAUUGGAAAAAGUUGUUGUUAUUGAAGUUCAAAAUGCUUUAACUGUUUAUGCUAAAUUAUUUGGUGAACAAGCACAAAAUGUUUUCGAUAAAUUAAUUUCAAAUCUUGAUUAUGGAUUUUUAACAAAACAACCAUCUUUUGAAUGGGAUCAAUUUGUUGCUAAAGAUAAAAAUUUUAUUGAUGAAAACUUACCAAAGAGGGAUUACAAAUCAAUUCAAUAUGAUAAAAUUAAUGAUCCAUUAACUUUUGAAGUUCGUUCUUCAUUUUUAGAAAGAAGAUCAAAAUUCUUAAAAUCAUAUUCAAGAGGAUUUUAUGUGUUGACUCCAACAUUUUUACAUGAAUUUAAAACAGCUGAUCGUAAAAAAGAUUUAUUACCUGUUAUGUCAUUACCAUUAGAUGAUAUCGAAUUAGAAGAACAUUCCAAAAGAGAAACUAAUCAAUAUAAAUUUGUUUUGAAAAAAGUCGGUAAAUUAUCUUCACAUAAAUUUAUUUUCAGAGCUGAAAGUUAUGAUUUAAUGUUAAAUUGGUAUAAUGAUAUCAAAAAUUUGAAAAAUUUAUCAAGUCCAACUAGUAGAGGUGUUUAUGCUUCAAAGCAUCAUACUGCAAAGAGUCAAUUAUCAAGAGUUAGUACAAAUACUUCAAGAGUUGUUAGACCAAAUUCAGCUCAUGGGUCAGCUAAUGAUACUGCAACUAUAUUAUCUGCCCCUAAUAAUAAUCAAUCAUUACCUCAAACGUCUUCAACUCCAAUACCUCAAUCCAUGAUUGGUCCUGAUGGUGUUAUUUACAAGGCAAUUGGCUCAACAACUGAUUUAACUCAAACCCCUCAACAAAUACAAAGACAAUCAUUACCACCUGAUUCACGUCAACAAACUCAAACCCCAGUCCAGCAACAACGUUAUUCAUUACAAUAUGCUCCUCAAGGACAACCUCAACAACAAUUAUCCCCUUACCCAACAACCGCACCAUUCCAAGAUAAUCAUUAUCCUGUUCAAGUUCCUGCAUCUACUCAAUCAAAUCUACCUGUUAUUAAUAACCAGUACCCUCAACAACAACAGCAAUUAUCUCCUCAUCCACAACAAUUUUAUAGCUUACCUCAAGAACACUAUUUAUCAACACCAGCAAUGUAUGUUGAAGCACCAACACCUUUAAUGAAUAAUUAUGCUAAUAAUAGUCCACAGCAAACAUCAAAAUUUAGAAACUCAUUAGAUUCUUAUCCUCAAGCUAAUAGAGCUCCAAACGAAUAUGAAGCAGACGGUAGUGGUUUAUCAGAAGAAACAGCUAAGACUACUAAAAAGGAAACUCAUACUGGAGAAGAAGGAUUUGGUCAAAUGUUAAAUCAACAUAGAUAG